ACUUUUCAUAAGAUAACACUGGAGUGUAGCAACACGUGGGACGAGCGGCCGGUGCGGUGGACGGGCGACAGUCCGGUCGAGACCAUCAAUGGUGUGAACCUAUCGGUGCUGAUCGACAGUCCGGUGCCGUCAGACCUAUUAUUAGCCCAAUUGACAAUAGAUAGGGACUGCGGUUACCCAGACGUGCCAAUUGACGGCAAUUAUAGCCUACAUGGUCUCAAUGUUGUCUACGGGUGCAUAUCAGGUGCCCUACGAGGCAAACAUAAUUUAGCAUGUUUAAAUAAUGGUCAGUGGGCACAGCAGUCAGCUCCCCGAUGCUGUUUAUCUAAUAGUUGUGCAUUAAUCGAUAAGAGUGGAGAUAACGACGGCUCGACUGUAACCGUAGUAAUGAUUACAUUGCUAUCUAUGGCUGUCAUCGGUAUAUCUGUGGUAUCGGCGCUGCUCUUCGUGAGGGCCCGUAAACGA